AUGUAUGGAAGUGCAAGAACGAUCACUAAUCUGGAAGGUAGCCCUUCCAGAUCACCUCGUUUGCCAAGGUCUCCUCGUUUGGGCCACCGAAGAACAAGUAGUGGGGGAGGGGGAGGAACAGGCAAGACUCUAUCUAUGGAGAAUAUUCAAUCCCUUAAUGCAGCCUAUGCCACAUCUGGACCCAUGUACUUGAGUGACCAUGAAGGGGUGGCAUCAACAACUUAUCCAAAGGGCACUAUGACUCUGGGCAGGGCCACAAAUCGAGCUGUGUAUGGAGGCCGGGUCACAGCCAUGGGGAGUAGUCCCAAUAUUGCUUCUGCUGGACUUUCCCAUACAGAUGUUCUUUCAUACACGGAUCAACAUGGUGGGCUAAGUGGCUCAUCCCAUCACCACCACCACCAGGUACCCUCCAUGUUGAGGCAGGUAAGAGACAGCACAAUGUUGGAUCUUCAAGCCCAGCUCAAAGAACUACAGAGAGAAAAUGACCUCCUACAGAAGGAGCUUGACAUUAAGGACAGCAAACUGGGAUCUUCCAUGAAUAGCAUCAAGACUUUCUGGAGUCCUGAGCUCAAGAAGGAGAGAGUCUUGAGGAAAGAGGAGGCAGCUCGGAUGUCUGUCCUCAAGGAGCAGAUGAGGGUUUCUCAUGAAGAAAACCAGUUACUGGAUGCCAGAAGAACCAAGCACCUGCAGUUGACCAUCCAGGCCCUUCAGGAUGAGCUGCGGACCCAGAGAGACCUCAACCACCUCCUGCAGCAAGAGAGUGGCAACCGAGGAGCGGAGCACUUCACCAUCGAGCUGACUGAGGAGAAUUUCCGCAGGCUCCAAGCUGAGCACGACAGACAGGCCAAGGAGCUGUUCCUUCUGCGGAAGACAUUGGAAGAAAUGGAGCUGAGAAUCGAAACACAGAAACAGACUCUCAAUGCCCGAGAUGAGUCCAUUAAAAAGCUCCUGGAGAUGCUGCAGAGUAAAGGGUUACCAUCCAAAAGCCUUGAGGAUGACAAUGAGCGCACCCGGCGGAUGGCAGAGGCUGAGUCUCAGGUCAGCCACUUGGAAGUGAUUUUAGAUCAGAAGGAGAAGGAAAACAUCCACCUGAGAGAGGAACUGCACCGAAGAAGCCAACUUCAGCCGGAGCCAGCCAAGACGAAGGCUCUCCAGACUGUCAUCGAAAUGAAGGACACAAAAAUUGCUUCGUUGGAGCGAAACAUCCGGGACCUGGAGGAUGAGAUCCAGAUGUUGAAAGCCAAUGGUGUGCUCAACACAGAGGACCGAGAGGAGGAGAUCAAACAAAUUGAGGUGUACAAAAGCCACUCUAAGUUUAUGAAGACCAAGAUUGACCAGUUGAAGCAGGAACUUUCCAAGAAGGAGUCAGAACUUCUUGCCUUACAAACAAAGCUUGAAACCCUUAGCAAUCAAAAUUCAGAUUGCAAGCAACACAUUGAAGUGCUUAAAGAGUCGCUUACUGCCAAAGAACAGAGGGCUGCCAUCCUUCAGACAGAGGUAGAUGCGCUGAGAUUACGGCUGGAAGAGAAAGAAUCUUUUCUCAAUAAGAAAACAAAACAGCUGCAAGACCUCACAGAAGAGAAGGGGACCCUAGCUGGAGAGAUCCGUGAUAUGAAAGACAUGUUAGAAGUAAAGGAAAGAAAAAUCAAUGUUCUUCAGAAAAAAAUUGAAAACUUGCAAGAACAACUUAGGGAUAAGGACAAACAACUAACCAACCUGAAAGACAGAGUGAAGUCCUUGCAGACAGAUUCCAGCAACACGGACACUGCUCUGGCCACACUGGAGGAGGCCUUGUCAGAAAAGGAGAGAAUAAUAGAGCGCUUGAAAGAGCAAAGGGAGAGAGAUGACCGGGAAAGACUAGAAGAGAUAGAAUCCUUUCGAAAGGAGAACAAAGACCUCAAAGAAAAGGUUAAUGCUUUACAGGCUGAGCUCACAGAGAAAGAGUCUAGUUUAAUCGACCUGAAAGAACAUGCAUCUUCAUUAGCUUCUGCAGGCCUGAAGAGGGACUCCAAAUUAAAAUCUCUAGAAAUAGCCAUCGAACAAAAGAAGGAGGAGUGUAGCAAAUUGGAAGCACAGUUAAAAAAGCAAGCUGAGCAGUUGUUCAAUCAGAUGUACAACCCAGCGCAUAAUAUUGAAGAUGACUCCAGGAUGAACCCCGAGUUUGCAGACCGACUAAAGCAGCUUGACAAGGAAGCAUCUUACUAUCGUGAUGAGUGUGGCAAGGCUCAAGCAGAAGUGGACAGGUUGCUGGAAAUCCUAAAGGAGGUGGAGAAUGAAAAGAAUGACAAAGACAAGAAGAUUGCGGAACUUGAGAGCUUGACUCUCAGGCAUAUGAAAGACCAGAAUAAGAAGGUGGCUAACCUCAAGCACAACCAACAGCUGGAGAAGAAGAAGAAUGCCCAGUUAUUAGAAGAAGUCCGCCGGCGAGAAGAUAGCAUGGCUGACAACUCACAGCAUUUGCAGAUAGAAGAGCUGAUGAAUGCCCUGGAGAAGACCAGACAGGAGCUGGAUGCCACCAAAGCCCGCCUCGCCUCGACCCAGCAGUCUCUGGCUGAAAAAGAAGCACACUUGGCCAACCUCCGGCUAGAGAGGAGGAAACAGCUAGAGGAGAUCUUGGAGAUGAAACAGGAAGCACUACUUGCGGCUAUCAGUGAAAAAGAUGCAAACAUUGCCUUGCUGGAAUUGUCUGCCUCCAAAAAGAAAAAGACCCAGGAAGAAGUCAUGGCUCUGAAGCGGGAAAAAGACCGACUGGUGCAUCAGUUAAAGCAGCAGACCCAGAACAGAAUGAAGCUGAUGGCAGACAACUAUGACGAGGACCAUCACCAUUACCACCACCACCACCAUCACCACCACCACCGAUCUCCUGGGAGGUCACAGCAUUCCAACCACAGGCCCUCUCCGGACCAGGAUGACGAGGAGGGCAUAUGGGCAUAGCCGGGCCUGUAAACCAAAGUUCCAGUUUUGUUUUGAGGGAUAUUCCAGUGUGGUGUGAUUCUCGUGUCCUUCUGGUUGUAUCAAAUGCUUGGCAAGGAAUAAGGAAAAAUCAAAGUCUGUAUCUUCCUGGAGCUGAAAUUGUCAUCUCUAAGAAGCCUGUUGAAUGGAUUAUACUGUCCCUUCUGUGGCAGUUCUGAAGAACUACAGGAGGAUCAAGGCAUAAUAAUGGCGAAUGGGUAACUGUAACUCUUCCAAUGAAUUAAAAUGGAUGUGUUGCCAUAGGG